AUGGUGGAAAGUAGCAGGACCCCUUCUCCCUCCCUAGCCCCUACUGAGGCUCCACUGGUGGCCUCUCUAGAAGCACAGCAGACUGGAGCAGCCCUGACCAAGGAGAACCAAGUGGACAUGGGGGCCGAGGAGACAGGGGCCCCUGCCUCGCCCCGCCAGAGGUCCUGGCUGGUGCGGCAUUUCUCACUACUGCUACGGCGGGACCGGCAGGCCCAGAAGGCAGGGCAGCUCUUCUCGGGGCUCCUGGCCCUCAACGUGGUGUUCCUGGGUGGAGCCUUCAUCUGCAGCAUGAUCUUCAACAAUGCGGCCAUCACGCUGGGCGACGUGUGGAUCCUGCUGGCUGUGCUGAAGGCCCUCUCCAUCCUCUGGCUCCUCUACUACGCCGCCGGCACCACGCGCCGCCCACACGCUGUGCUCCACCGGGACCCUCACGCAGGACCCAUCUGGGUGCGGGGCUCCCUGGUGCUCUUCGGCAGCUGCACCAUCUGCCUCAACGCCUUCCGCAUGGGCUACGAUGUGAGCCACAUCUACUGCAAGUCGCAGCUGGAGCUCGUCUUCCCUGCCAUCGAGAUCGUCUUCAUCGGCGUCCAGACCUGGGUGCUCUGGAAACAUUGUAAGGAUUGCGUUCAGGUCCAGACCAACUUCACUAGGUGUGGCCUGAUGCUGACCCUGGCCACAAACCUGCUGCUCUGGCUCCUGGCCAUCACCAACGACUCGAUGCACUCGGAGAUCGAGGCUGAGCUCAGCGCCCUCAUGGAGAAGUUCUCAGGCAAUGAGACCAACACCUGCCUGUGCCUCAACGCCACGGUGUGCAAGGUCUUCCGGAGGGGCUACCUCAUGCUCUACCCCUUCAGCACCGAGUACUGCCUCAUCUGCUGUGCCGUGCUCUUCGUCAUGUGGAAGAACGUGGGCCGCCGCCUGGCACCCCACGCAGGCGCCCACCCGGGCACCCCGCCCUUCCACCUGCAUGGAGCCAUCUUCGGGCCGCUGCUGGGCCUGCUGGUGCUGGUGGCAGGCGUGUGCGUCUUCGUGGUCUUCCAGAUCCAAGCCAGUGGCCCCGCCAUCCCGCGCCAGUACUUCACCCUCUACUAUGCCUUCUAUGCUGCCGUGCUGCCCGCCAUGAGCCUGGCGUGCCUGGCAGGCACGGCCAUCCAUGGGCUGGAGGAACGAGAGCUGGACACGCUCAAGAACCCCACCCGCAGCCUGGACGUGGUGCUGCUGAUGGGCGCGGCCCUGGGCCAGAUAGGCAUCGCCUACUUCUCCAUCGUGGCCAUCGUGGCCACUCACCCCCAUGAGCUGCUCAACCACCUCAUCCUGGCCCACUCGCUGCUGCUCAUCCUGCAGCACAUCGCCCAAAACCUCUUCAUCAUCGAGGGCCUCCACCGGCGCCCGCUCUGGGAGGCAGCUCCGGAGGGCCUGGCGGGGAAGCAGGAGGCUGCGCCGCCCCGCAGGGGCUCCCUGCUGGAGCUGGGCCAGGACCUGCGGCGUGCCUCGCGGGCCUACAUCCAAUCCUACAGCCACCUCAACCAGAAGCGGCGGGCACUCAAGGAGAUCUCACUCUUCCUCAUCCUCUGCAAUAUCACACUGUGGAUGAUGCCCGCAUUUGGCAUACACCCGGAGUUUGAGAACGGACUGGAAAAGGAUUUCUAUGGCUAUCGGACAUGGUUCACCAUCGUCAACUGUGGCCUGCCUCUGGGGGUCUUCUACCGCAUGCACUCUGUGGGGGGGCUGGUGGAGGUCUACCUGGGGGCCUGAGGUUGCCCAAGGAAGCCACCCCCGGCAGAACCUCAGAGCGCCAAGGCCCGACGGAAGGUAGACCAGAGUCUCUGAGCAUUCCUGGGCUCCCCAAAGCCUCUCCCUCCCCAGAACCUCACCGAGAGAAGAAGGCACUGUCUGCAGCCCAAGACCAAGGCAGGGUCUGGACCCUGAGCUUUGAUGCCCACGCCCAGGACUGGGCACGUGCCUGCCCCCUGCUCACCACCACGAUCAGCACUACCAAGGAUGCACCUCAGGAAACCCCCACGGCUACUCUCUGCGAGGGUCAGCCCUAAACCACUGAGUCUGGGGAGUUUGGAGAGGAGGGCCCCUACCCAGGCUUCAGGGGUCUGCCUUCUGCUGUGGGAAGGGUGCACGGUCCAAGCUCAGCCCAGGACGUCCUGGGAGCUCGAAGCUUGGCAGGCAGCCCUGCCCCUCUCCCCGCACACUCCGUCUCCUAAUGAGCUCAUUAAUUAGCUGCCAGGCAGGGGUCAACAGCUCUCUCCGCGCUGCCAUAAACCGUGUUUGUUUGAUCAAUUACAUUCUGGCUUCGUGGCAUUUGUUCCCAGGGACAGAGCCGCCACUCCAGGUAUGAUGGGAAGGGAUAGUCCUCCUGGGCAGGGCUGUGGGGCUGGGACAGUCCCCUUUAGAAGGGUCUAGAGCAGUCCUUCCCUUGUCUGUUCCACGGGAGGAGGUGGGAAGAGAGGGGCCGGGGUUCUCACAUCCCCUGCCCCUCGCCAGCACCCCUUCCCUCCAGGACAGAGUACCAAGUAACUUUCUGCAGCCGGCUCACCACGGGGGCUGGCUGCCCCGUCUCCAGGCCUGCCGGUUCCUCAGAGCCAUCAGUGGAGAGGGCAGGCACUGACAGCCCAUUUAUCUCCCGGAGCCUAGUGUAAACAGUGGGCUGUGCCCAGGGCGAGGCCCAGGGCGAGGCCCAGGGAGGGCAGCCCUGGCACCUGCAGGCCAGGCUUUCAUGAAGCCGGGCACCGGCAAGCACAGGGCCGCGGGCCCAGGGGACCCCUCAACCCUGUGCUGUCUCAGCAGCUGCCUGAGGCCCUGCAGGAGGCCGGGAGGCAGGCCCCGCACCUCUCCUGCAUGGGCUCUUCCUCUGGGUGGUCACAGCCCAGGGGGCCAAACCCCAGGUGAGAGGGUCCAAUUCUCCACUUCCCCACCCAAG